AUGGACAACCACGACGCUCCCAAGCGCAAGCGCGGCCGCAAGCCGAAGCCGCCGGCCGCCGCCGCCGCCCCCGACAACGGCACCCACGACUCCGCCCCCUCGCCGAAGCCCAAGCGCGGCCGCAAGCCGAAGCCGCCGGCCGCCGCCUCCCCUGACAACGACCACCCCUCGUCCCCCCUCGCCGCCGCCGCCGACACCCCCGAGCCAGGUUCCUCCUCCGGGCCCCGCGGCCGCCGCAAAUCCCGACGCGGCCGCCACGAGCUCCCGUCAGAUGCCGACGCCGCCCUCCGCGCGCCCCCCUCCCCGACGCGGCGCGGCGCGUCCAAGGGGGCGGCCAACAUGAAGGUAGAGGUCCCGGCGGUGGAGCCGUUGCGGUGGGAGCAGGUGGCGAAGGUGAUGCCCUCCAUGGAUGCCGUGGUAAAGGUCUUCUGCGUGCACACGGAGCCGAACUUCUCAAUGCCAUGGCAGCGCAAGAGGCAAUACAGCUCCAGCAGCAGCGGGUUCAUCAUUGGGGGGCGCAGGGUGCUCACCAACGCCCACUCCGUCGAGCACUACACCCAAGUCAAGCUCAAGAAGCGCGGCUCAGACACCAAGUACCUCGCCACCGUCCUUGCCAUUGGCAACGAAUGCGACAUUGCAAUGUUAACCGUUGAUGAUGAUGAAUUCUGGAAAGGAGUUCUGCCGCUGGAGUUUGGAUUGCUGCCAGCACUUCAGGAUGCUGUCACCGUUGUUGGUUAUCCUAUUGGAGGAGAUACAAUUUCUGUGACAAGUGGUGUAGUAUCUAGGAUAGAAAUCCUCUCAUAUGUUCAUGGUUCUACAGAACUUCUUGGACUACAGAUAGAUGCAGCUAUAAAUUCAGGAAACUCGGGGGGCCCUGCUUUUAAUGAUCAGGGAAAAUGCGUUGGUAUAGCUUUUCAAUCUCUUAAGCACGAAGAUGCAGAAAACAUAGGCUAUGUUAUACCCACCCCGGUUAUUAAGCACUUCAUUCAAGACUAUGAGAAAUCUGGAGAGUACACAGGUUUCCCUAUACUUGGGAUAGAGUGGCAGAAAAUGGAAAAUCCCGAUCUCCGCAAGGCAAUGGGAAUGAAAUCUGACCAAAAGGGUGUUCGUAUCAGAAGAAUUGAACCAACUGCUCCUGAAUCUGGAUGCAUGCAACCUUCUGAUAUUAUUCUUAGCUUUGAUGGUAUUGACAUCGCCAACGAUGGCACAGUCCCAUUCAGGCAUGGAGAGCGCAUUGGCUUCAGUUACCUAGUUUCACAGAAGUAUACUGGUGAGAAGGCACGUGUCAAAGUUCUCCGGAAUUCGAAAAUUCAUGAAUUCAACAUAAAGCUCUCAAUCCACAAAAAGCUCAUUCCAGCUCAUAUAAAGGGCAGGCCACCGUCGUACUACAUUGUUGCAGGCUUUGUUUUUAUGGUUGUAUCUGUUCCAUAUCUUCGAUCUGAGUAUGGAAAAGAUUACGAAUUUGAUGCCCCCGUCAAGUUGUUGGACAAGCAUUUACAUGCAAUGGCGCAAUCACCUGAUGAGCAGCUUGUGGUGGUCUCACAGGUGCUUGUGGCAGAUAUCAAUAUUGGUUAUGAAGAACUAGUCAAUACUCAGGUUCGUGCGUUCAAUGGGAAAGCAGUAAAUAAUUUGAAGCAGCUGGCGACCAUGGUGGAAGAUUGCAAGGAGGAGUUCUUGAAGUUUGACAUGGAUUACGACCAGGUUGUUGUUCUCGAGACGAAAACAGCUAGGGCUGCUACUCAGGACAUUCUAACGACACAUUGCAUACCUUCAGCGAUGUCAGAUGACCUGAAGGCCUGA